CGGACGGAUCUCAUCGGCGUUCUGCCUACCGAAGUGGCCGUGUUGGAAGAUCUCGUCACACUAGAUCUCGCCGAGAACGAUAUCGAAGGGACGCUCCCCGAAGGACUUUUUACCCUCAAGGAUUUGCGGUUCCUUUAUUUGCACGAUAACGCGUUCACCGGAACACUCUCGGAGAACUUUUCCGAACUGAGCGCCCUGGAAUCGCUCUAUUUGGGAGACAACGAAUUUUCCGGACCCUUUCCU